AUGAAUGAAGAAUUUGUGGAUUACUAUGAAGUUCUCGAAAUAAGUCGUGACGCCACACCCACGCAGAUUCGUGAAGCGUUCCGCAGGCAAGUUCUCAAAUGGCACCCCGACAGGAACCCGGUCGGAAAUGAGUACAUUAGGAAGAUAUACGCGGCCUACGAGGUCUUAGGCGAUCCAGAAAAAAAGUCUAUAUACGACAUGACGUUGGCAAAUUUUCCCCGGACGCGGUCCAGGAGCUACUUUUUCAUUCCAUCUUUUUCUGAUGGCAACGCCGGAAAGAUAAAGCUAGUAUGCUUUGUAGGAGGAGUGCUAGUGGUGGCCUACACUACCUACAAGCUGCUGCGACAAUCCCCUCCGCCGCCGGUGCCACCACUACUGGCGCUUCCAUCAGGGGAGACGCCGGUAGAACCAAUUGCCACCAUCGUCGAGGAGCUAAAUGCACCACACCCUUCAUCCAUCUGGACGCUGAUUUCAUGGUUGGCCGCUCUAAGAUCCAAAAGAAUAUUAAGAAACGGCAAACUUACACCAGGUCUUUCGCCAUCUUCUUCCAAUUCAACGGCUUCUUCUGCUGCCAAUACAAUUUUGAAUGCUCUAUCUUCUGGACCGCCCAACAGGAUUCCAUCAGCUGUAACUGGAAUGUCGAAAAACAUUAGCCCGGGACUGCAGAGCCAGGCAUCUGCUGCCAGUUCAAUUUCCCAACCAUUAGCGACUGUUGCGGAUAACGUGCUUUCAUCGGCAGCGAAAGUAGUGCCGAAGCCCGAAGCUUCUUCGGUAUCCAACAUAAUGUCGAAGACCAUAAAUCUUGGACCACCAAACGCCAAAUCCUCAGCUUCUUCGGUAUCCAACAUAAUGUCGAAGACCAUAAAUCUUGGACCACCAAACGCCAAAUCCUCAGCUUCUUCUUUGAAGUCCGAAAAAUUUACGGGAUAUAUAUUCCAACGGUGGAGACGAGUCCCUGGCUUUGCUAGUAAUUUAAAGCCCUUUACGAUUGCUUUUAAAAAUAACAUGGUUGAAGGAACCACCAACGCUUGGACAUGGACUGCUUUAAAGGCACGGCCCUAUAUAGAUUCUGUUCCAAACAAUGUCAUUGGCAUCGCAAUGGCUACGGCGUCUAAUGCCACGUUAAAAGGAGCAUCGAAAGUCAAAAGUCUGUUCUCGACGUCGAGGGCACUGAAGCCACAGCCCCGUACAAAUCCCGUUUCAAACGAAGCAGUUGAUGUGGCAACGGCAACGGCAUCCAAAGACACGUUAAAAGGAGCCACCAAUGUCGGAAGACAGUUGCCACAGGACGUGGGAUUAAAAAGUACAAAUGCCUCAGAGUCUAACUUUCAUCCGCCUUCUCCGCUGAAGGCGACAAUUUACAUUGGCGGAGGCAUUCUGGUUUUGUAUGGAACUUACAAAUUGGCAAAUGGAUACUGGAGCUCUCCUCCUCCACCUUCAAAAGCUGAAGUUAUUUCCAGUGCGAUGAGACAGGCUGGUAGUGCCUCUUACGAUGGAAUUAAAUCUGUUGGAGGUGCCUCCUAUAAUGUAUUGAAAUCUGCUGGUAGUGCCUCUUAUGAUGGAAUUAAAUCGGUUGGAGGUGCCUCCUAUAAUGUAAUGAAAUCUGCUGGUAGUGCCACUUAUAAAGCAAUGAACUAUACUGGUGAAGCAUCAAAAUCAGGGAUUAGUAAGAUCUGGAAGUAUGCAACUGGUUCGUAAAAAACCCAAUAAUACCUUUGUCCUUCUUUCGUUUUUUUUUAAAUAGUUAUGUACGAACUUUUGUUUGUUUUUUUCCAUAAACGCCACUUCAAAAUGUACUUGCAUGCUUUCAUUAAAGCUUUAAGUAAACUAUAAAUAAACAAUUAAAGGCAAAUAUAUAUAUUUUUUAUAAAUAAA